AUGGCUACUCCAACCACCUAUACAGCAUGGACUGUUCCCGCAACAGCAACCAAGCUCUCAGACCUAACAAAGCAAGUAAAGAACAUCCCGAUUCCAGGACCCCAACAAGUACUCCUCAAAAUGACAGCAGCCUCACUCAACUACCGCGACGUCCUUAUCUCCACCCGCUCACCCCAAUACCCUGGAAACCACAAACCCAACCUCGUUCCUGGUUCUGACGGAGCCGGAGUCAUCUACUCCACUGGUGCAGACUCUAAUUGGAAGGACAAGAAAGGUCUUGCAGUGGUCUUCAACCAAAACGGGUGGCUACACGGAGACUUCCGCAACCUGGAUUUCACCACGAUACUAGGCGGCACGAGUCAGGACGGAACAUUGCAGGAAUAUCUCGUCCUACCUGAUGAUUGGAUUGUAGAACAGCCGCCAAGUCUGAGUGCGGUCGAGGCGGCUUGUUUGAUUACGGCGGGGUCGACGGCUUGGUGGGCCAUUCGUGGGGGGUUGGACGGGAGACUGGAUGGGAGUGUUGGGGAUUGGCAGGGGAGCUGGAUGGAUAGAAGGUUAGAUGGGAAGUGGGUGCUUACUUUAGGGACAGGUGGGGUUAGUUGUUUUGCGAUACAGAUUGCUUCUGCCCUCGGUGCAACGGUCAUUGCAACUUCUUCCUCCGACAGCAAACUGGAAAUUGCGAAAACUCUCGGCGCAGCGCAUCUCAUCAACUAUGUCAAGACGCCGAACUGGGACGAGGAAGUCUCUCGGAUCACUGGAGGAAAUGGCGUUGAUCACGUCAUCGAAACCGGUGGGGCAGGCACGCUGAUGAAGUCCAUCAACAGCACUCGCGCCGGAGGUCUUAUUAGCAUGCCGGGCGUGUUGACACCCAACGCGCCCAUUGAUGCAGCUUUCAUCCCGAGUAUACUGUUCAGUGCCAAGACUGGUAAGUCCCUAGGGCUUCUUUUCCUUCUCAUUGUAUUCCGUUCCAUGUAUAUUGACCGCGAAAACACAGUGAAAGGAUGUUGUGCCUUCCCACUUACCGCGGUAGUCGAGUUAGCACAAUUCGUCGAGGCGCAUGGUAUCAAACCGGUAGUCGCGCACGAGUUUACUUUCGACCAGACGAUCGAGGCAUUUGACACAAUGGCGAGACAGAGUGCGGUGGGAAAGAUAGCUCUGAGGAUUUGCGAGAGUGCAUGA